UCGUUGCGGCGGAUUGGGCUUGGCAGGUCAACGCCAUGGGCUGCCGCAAUGCUGGGGCCAAGAGGAAAAUCUGCGGUACCUACCUGUACCUAUUUAGAGCUGCUCACGUGUGGGUUCUCGUCUCCACUCCUUAGGCCUAGCUGCCUCCAACUCGGCACAGUAAGUUAGAACAAUUUUUGUACGGUACCUAGGUAGCCCUCCCUUGAUCUUCUGGUAUCGACCACGCUGCCGGGGCAGUUCAAGCAGCUUUUUCUUGCAGGUCACCCAUUCCCGGCGUGCACGCACAUUUAUGCAUGGCUUUGUGCCUCUUUCGAGGUGCAUCGAUGGCGCUCUACAUCCCCUAUCGAGUCGGAUUCCUCAUUUGACCGUUCACAUUGUUCGUCGCCAGGCUCGCUCUGCAGCGCACACUCAGACAAAGUGGCCGGCCAGAAGCCAUCGGCGUACUCAGCAUUCUGCUGCGACGCUUGGCUUUCCCUCCGUGGCAGUCGACUCCUCUUUCUUUCCCCACGAGCAAGAUGAACCACGUUCGAAUUCGUCGAAAAGCGAAUCGAUAGACCUAUUAGCAACCGAUGCCCAACCUGCUCCGAAGAAGGCUAUCAGGAGACUGGUCUCUAUAGAAGAUCUGUUGGAGGACAACAACCCUGAACGGAUCAUCUUUGGACUCGUUACGCCGUCGAUUGGCGACUUGUUUGUUGCAGCAGCUAACGACGAGGCUUUCUCCAAGGCCAUAUGCGCGUUGAAACCUGACCACUUCAUUGUUCCUUUCCGGGAAGUCCACCACUAUAUCAAACCGACCCUCGAGACCGAACCACGUUUCCGGUAUCUAAGGUCGUUCGAGGAGCGCGCAAGCGUCUUCUAUCAGAUACUGGAUGCCUUGGUGACUCUUCGGGAGGAACGCGGCCAUGCGCUCACGCUUGACGUAUACCGUCACUUGUUACGCUGCGCAGCUGCCGGUGGCAACGCAGACAUGGCAAGGAAUAUCUUUCGUAAGACCAUGCCCGAGAACAACGUUACGCCUGAUGUGGCAUGCUACAAUUAUUUCAUGGAAGCGCUCAACUGGAACCGAACAUAUGGAAGGUACGAGAGGUACACGCUGAGAGUCGUUCCCACGCACCUGCAUUUUCGAUCGAUACAGCGCAGGCGGUCAGGAUUUGCCGGUCACAUGGUCGCCUCACCAGGAGCACCAAAUAAUCCAGAAUCCAUCCGGUUGGAAGCGCUCACCAUAUUUAACGAACUCGUGAGGCAAGGUCUGAAAGGGGACGAAGCGACGUUUUGCAAUUUAAUAACUGCGAUGGGUCGUGAAGGGGACGUGUCCAGUGUCAAGAGUGUGCUGAAAUCAGUUUGGAAUAUCGACGUGGAUGCCCUUGAACGAUACGACGAGGAAGAGAUUGAGAGUCCGACCUUUUAUGACCUCGAUUCUCCUCUCCGUCCAACCGAACGGCUAUUAUUUACGGUAGCGCACACUUUCAGCACCAACAAUUCAGUAAGCGUGGCGGGCAUGCUGAUCGAUUACAUUUCGCGAAACUACAACAUAUCCAUCCCGGAAAAUGUAUGGACUCACCUCCUGGAAUGGACAACAGUCUUGACAACACAAAAAGGCAACUUGAGAGCUGAGCAUGGCUACGGCGCUGGUCGCGUGGAGGGUCCGGCUUUGGAGAUGCUCUGGACUGUGUACCACGAUGAGCCAUACAAUGUCAAGCCUAAGCUUGUGGACCACAUGUUUAGACUCAAGGGCAGGAUCCGGGCAAGGAAAUUCGGACCCGUAUUGGACGAUCUUCGCGAAUGCAUGCGCCUGCUUGACGAGGACCGAGACCGCGUUUCGUUGCUUUACGACGAAAUGCGGAGUCAUCUCGAUCUUCAAUAUGAUCGGGUCUUCAAGGACGGAGUGCCAUCGGCCGACUUUCUCACACUGAAGCAAGAAUAUGUGUUGGCUUCCUUGAGACUGGAUAGCCAUAUUCAAUUGAUCAUCACAGCCUUUCGCCAGAUGCUCAAGACGAGGUGGUGGGAUUCCAAAUCUCCUGACUUUGCUAAGAAGGAAUGGCCCUGGCGUACAAUACCUCAACUUUUGCGGGAGUUUGCUGAGUUUCUUCCCAACCAGGUCCCAUACUACACUCCGACAGGACAUGUGUUGUUGACGAAUGGAAAGGAACAUCGAGAAGCGGCAGUGCUGUCUGCCAAUUCGACCCAAACAACCAAAGCCGGCUCAAUGCGCGCCAUGUUCGACACGUACAGUCCUGAACACCUGCGCCACUCUGCCGACUUUGUACGACGAAAGCCCAAGGGCUUAGGAGCUUUUGAGAAGGAAAAGGAAGCCCAGGACACCGAUUGGGUUCUUGCAGAAGAGGGACAGCAACGGGAGAAGCGCCUCAAGGAUCGCCAGUAUGGGGUUUUGAAUCGUCCAAGCGCGACCUGGCGGGCGGAUGAAUGGAAGCCAUGGCCUGGACCGCCGUCAAGACGUGUAUAAUGGGCUGUGUUUUGGAUUGGACCUCCUUGGAGGUCUUCCUGUAGCAUUAUACCUAGGUAUGUAAGAUGUAGCUGUCUGAAAUCACAGACUCCUCCGU